UGUUGGGUAGCUCUAAAAGAAGUGCUUUAUACAGAGCCUAACGUGCUGCACAGCCCUUCUCGUACCCAUUCAGCUCUCUGAGUUUGGUAUCCUUCCCGCUUUACCAAGAGGAAGCUUCUCAAGGAAGUUCAAUAGCCCACGGCUUCCCACCUGGUAAGUGUGGAAUUGACACGGGAUCCCUGUCCACCUGACUCCAGAGUCGGGAUGGGCUUGCUUGUUCCCUCAGCAAACGACCUCUGGGGGCCCAGGCAAGCUCCAGAGAGCUCUGGGGCUACGGAGACUUGUAGAAAAGCCUCACACGCCCAGGGAGCCAGGUAGAGGCAGAGCGAGCGCUCCAGCCCUGGAAACGUCGGUCCGAGCCCCUGCAGGGAGCGGGGCUGCUGAGCACUUCAAGAGCACCAGGCCUGCACCGGGAGCCACAGCAAGCAGGCAGGUGGAGCUCUCGCUCCGCACCGGGGCCCCUCUGCGGUCUCGGCAGCCGUUUGCAUUUCCUGAAACCGGAUCUCAGUGUUAGAGCCGCCCCUGGGCCGGGCGGGCGCCUCAGCCAUGGCCCUGCGCAAGGAGCUCCUCAAGUCCAUCUGGUACGCCUUCACCGCGCUGGACGUGGAGAAGAGCGGCAAGGUCUCCAAGUCCCAGCUCAAGGUGCUGUCCCACAACCUGUACACGGUCCUGCACAUCCCCCAUGACCCCGUGGCCCUGGAGGAGCACUUCCGAGAUGACGACGAUGGCCCUGUGUCCAGCCAGGGCUACAUGCCCUACCUCAACAAGUACAUCCUGGACAAGGUGGAGGAGGGGGCUUUUGUUAAAGAGCACUUUGAUGAGCUGUGCUGGACCCUGACGGCGAAGAAGAACUACCGAGCGGACAGCAAUGGGAACAGCAUGCUCUCCAAUCAGGACGCUUUCCGUCUCUGGUGCCUCUUCAACUUCCUGUCUGAGGACAAGUACCCGCUGAUCAUGGUUCCUGAUGAGGUGGAGUACCUGCUGAAGAAGGUGCUGAGCAGCAUGAGCCUGGAGGUGGGCCUGGGGGAGCUGGAGGAGCUGCUGGCCCAGGAGGCCCAGGCGGCCCAGACCUCCGGGGGCCUCAGCGUCUGGCAGUUCCUGGAGCUCUUCAACUCGGGCCGCUGCCUGCGGGGCGUGGGGCGGGACACGCUCAGCAUGGCCAUCCACGAGGUCUACCAGGAGCUCAUCCAAGACGUCUUGAAGCAGGGCUACCUGUGGAAGCGUGGGCACCUGAGGAGGAACUGGGCCGAGCGCUGGUUCCAGCUGCAGCCCAGCUGCCUCUGCUACUUCGGGAGUGAAGAGUGCAAGGAGAAGAGGGGCACCAUCCCACUGGAUGCCCACUGCUGCGUGGAGGUGCUGGCCGACCGCGACGGGAAGCGCUGCAUGUUCUGCGUCAAGACGGCCACCCGCACGUACGAGAUGAGCGCUUCGGACACACGCCAGCGCCAGGAAUGGACGGCCGCCAUCCAGACGGCCAUCCGGCUGCAGGCCGAGGGAAAGACGUCGCUGCACAAGGACCUGAAGCAGAAGCGGCGGGAGCAGCGGGAGCAGCGGGAGCGGCGCCGGGCCGCCAAGGAGGAGGAACUGCUGCGGCUGCAGCAGCUGCAGGAGGAGAAGGAGCGGAAGCUGCAGGAGCUGGAGCUGCUGCAGGAGGCGCAGCGGCAGGCGGAGCGGCUGCUGCAGCAGGAGGAAGAGCGGCGCCGCAGCCAGCACCGCGAGCUGCAGCAGGCGCUGGAAGGGCAGCUGCGCGAGGCGGAGCAGGCCCGGGCCUCCAUGCAGGCUGAGAUGGAGCUGAAGAAGGAGGAGGCUGCCCGUCAGAGGCAGCGCAUCAAAGAGCUCGAGGAGAUGCAGCAGCGGCUGCAGGAGGCCCUGCAACUGGAGGUGAAAGCCCGGCGCGAUGAGGAGGCUGUGCGCCUCGCCCAGACCAGGCUCCUGGAGGAGGAGGAGGAGAAGCUGAAGCAGCUGAUGCAGCUGAAGGAGGAGCAAGAGCGCUACAUCGAGCGCGCGCAGCAGGAGAAGCAGGAGCUGCAGCAGGAGAUGGCGCUGCAGAGCCGCUCCCUGCAGCAGGCCCAGCAGCAGCUGGAGGAGGUGCGGCUGCACCGGCAGAGGGCUGACGAGGAUGUGGAGGCUGCCCAGAGGAAGUUGCGCCAGGCCAGCACCAACGUAAAACACUGGAAUGUCCAGAUGAACCGGCUCAUGCAUCCAAUUGAGCCUGGAGAUAAGCGGCCCGUCACCAGCAGCUCCUUCACAGGUUUCCAGCCCUCUCUGCUUGCCCGCCGUGACUCCUCCCUAAAGCGCCUGACCCGCUGGGGAUCCCAGGGCCACAGGACUCCUUCCCCCAUCAGCAGGGAGCAGCACAAGUCCCUCAAUGGGGGCAAUGAGGCUUCUGACCCGGCUUCCGCUGCCCAAGAAGACAAACUGGAUCCAACGCCAGAAAACUAGCCUCUCUCAGCCUCUUCUUCCUCCCCACGUCCUGUCCACCAAGAUGUGGCCCCAGCCGGCUUGUGGGUGGCACCAGUUCCUGCGAGGAGAGGGAGCUGAGGGCUUGGUGCCAGGGACCCAGACCUUCCAACCGGAAGACAAUCCAGGACGGAAGCUAGUUCAUCUUUUGCACCAGUCCCAAGCCCCAGGCAACUGAGGCCAUCUGAAAUAUUGAUUCUUGGGAAUUUGGCCCUGUGCAUUAGCCCCCUGGACCUGCAGACCCAGGCUGAGAACAGUGAACAAGCAAGCCAGGGGCCAUCUGGCCGCAGGACACCGCUCAGUAUGGGGCACAUUUCCAAAUAAAAACUGCUCUUGGAAUUGAGUUACUGGCUCAGGUCCGUUAUCUCUACCACUAUUUUCUCCCUUUUCUCUAGAGUCCAGUUAUAAGUGCCCAAAGAAGCAAGGUACAGCAAGUGGUUUUGUAUGAAC